AUGGGUUGGGGCUACGGGGGGCCCCUCUGGGGCCCUCCCAAUGUGCGUGUGACCCCAGCCCCAGCUAAAGAAGAAGCAGAGCCGUACACUGCGGAGAGCCGCUGGGGCCGUGCAGUAAGACAGAAGUGGGAGGAGAGCUCUUACUCUACAUAUCUACGUCAAGAGAUACAGGCUUCAACAUCCUUUCAUUUCUGGGUUGAUUUAUUUAAAAAGCAUUUGCCUCAAAGGGUAGACAGAGAGAGAAGACGACAAGAAAAAAGCACAAGAAGAGCUGGGGCACUUGAGCUAGGACAUAACAACAGGCCUGUAGGAGACCAUCAUCUGCAGCAGCAACAGCAGCACCAGCACCAGCACCAGCAGCAGCAGCAACAACAACAACAACAACAACAACAGCAUCAUCAUCAGCAUCAUCAUCACCAUCAGCAGCAGCAGCAGCAGCAACAGCAGAAGAAUAAAAGCACAAGGAGGCCCCGUCCAACACCAAAGUUUGCUGUAUAUGAAGAGUGGGUAACUUCAUAUAAAGAAGACCCGUUUAAAGGCAUAUUACCCCUCCCUUUACAAAGCCAUAUAAAGCCUUUAACUUCAGCAGAUACAGAGAGAAAGGAGACAAUUUUGCUACAGCAGCUUGAAGAAGAAAUCAUGUUGGGUUCUUAUCGCACUCGUUUUAUGCACCUUCGGACGCUUACAUCAGAUAAUCAUAAACGCGUCUUUACAGGAGAGCCUCCAGGGGCCCCCCAGGGGCCCCUUGGUCAGUUUCAGCUGCAGCAGCAGCAGCAGCAUGAACUUGGAAGCAGCAGCAGCAGCAGCAGCAGCAAUGCCCAUCCACCAUGGGGUGGGGGGCCCCCUGGGGGUCAUAAUAUAGGGGGCCCUAUUGAGGGGCCUCUGCUGCUUGAUGUAAACCCUAAAUCUUUUCGGCUGCCUUGGUCUGAUAUAGCUUAUCAAGAGUACCUCCCGCAUAUUAAACAAGCACCGCACUCAUCUUCUUUAGUUUGUCGUUUUACUCAGGAAAUUGAAGAAGCCUUAGAGCUGCUUGAUAGAGAGCUGGCGCUAAGGACGGCGUCUGAGAACCAUCAAAGACUCCUGAUGCAGCAGCUUACAGGUAUGAAUCCUGCUGCUGCUGCUGCUGCUGGGGCUGGGGCUGGGGCUGGUGCUGCUGCUGGUUCUGCUGCUGGUGUUGCUGCUCCUACCACUCCCCCAGUUACAGGGCCUUCGCCUGCUGCUCCGGCUGCUGCAGCAACAGUUGUAGCUGCAACACCAGCAGCAGCAGCAGCAGCAGCACCCCGCCCAGACAGUAUCGCAAGUACUGUAGCAACGGUACAGGGGACAACGCCUAUCAAAGCAGCAGCAGCAGCAGCAAAUGCAGCAGCAGCAAACCCCAAGAUACUAGGCCCCUCACCCCGCCCCAAAGGGGUUGGAGGAGGGGGCCCCACGGGCUGA